CCAAAAUCCUAGCUGGCCUCAGGCAUUCAGAUUCAAACUGUCCACUGUGCAGGCGGCCGCGUACCGAUAUUGCAAUAGAGUGAGAUCGAGCGCGCAUAGCUAGCAACGCCUGGCAGUCUUCGGGCCUUGUUCUCUAGUUUUUCCAAACAUACUUUUUGCAAAAGUUGAUACUCCAUAGGGCAAUUCAAAACUACGCCCCUGCUACCCCGGUUUCUUUUAUCGCAAAAAGCACAGAAGAAAGUGCCGCCUUUUUCCUCCAGGCAUACGCAGAAACAGACCCAAUGAUGCUGGACCAAAAAACAAAUCCAAUCGAAGAGCUAGACGUGAGCUCGCCUCUGGAGAGCGUCAAUGAAGAUGUGGUGACUUCCGGGUCGAGCACCGGCCCCGAACUCUCGAACAUCGAGCCCGAGAACAAGGAGCAUUAUUUUGCCCCCGACCACAAGCCCAAGAUCGAUGUGGGCGAGACUGUUUCCAAGUUUAAGUAUCUCUUGGGGUUGACGAAUUUGUUCCAGCAUUUCAUUGACUCCAGAGCAAAAUCCGACCCUGUGUUUGCAGAAGUCUUGCAGCAUUUGCACAACGACACCAAGCCAAGCCAACUGGCUGCUAACGGAUCACACAGAAGAAGAAAAACCGAGAAGGAGGAGGAUGCUGAACUUUUGAAAACAGACAAGGCGUCCAGCGACAUCACUGAGUUUACCGAAAGCCCCAGCUAUGUCCACGGGGAACUUCGUCCCUACCAGAUCCAGGGCUUGAACUGGUUAAUUUCGCUAUAUCAGAAUAACCUCUCGGGCAUUCUUGCUGAUGAGAUGGGUCUUGGAAAGACUUUACAAACCAUCUCAUUCUUGGGUUUUUUGAGAUACCACAAGAACAUUAAGGGACCGCAUAUCGUCAUUACUCCAAAGUCGACCUUGGACAACUGGGCUAGAGAAUUCCAGAAGUGGACCCCAGACGUUCGCGUCUUGGUCUUACAGGGCACUAAGGAAGAAAGACAAGAUCUCAUUGCCAAUCGCUUGUUGGCAUGCGAUUUUGACGUGGUCGUCGCCUCGUACGAGAUCGUCAUUCGUGAAAAAUCAUCGUUCCGCAAAUUCAACUGGCAAUACAUUGUUAUUGAUGAGGCCCACAGAAUUAAAAACGAGGAGUCUUUGUUGUCUCAGAUCAUCAGGUUGUUCCACUCCAAGAACAGGCUUUUGAUUACGGGUACUCCGUUACAAAACAAUUUGCACGAAUUGUGGGCGUUGCUUAACUUCAUUUUGCCUGAUGUUUUUGGUGAUAGCAAUGCCUUUGACCUGUGGUUUAAUCCCGAGGAAAGCGAAGCCACCAGUGAGAAGCAGGAAGGGAUUGUCGAGCAAUUGCACAAGGUUCUCAAGCCCUUUUUGCUACGCCGUAUCAAGUCAGACGUCGAGAAGUCACUCUUGCCGAAACAAGAAAUGAAUGUUUACAUUGCCAUGUCUGACAUGCAAAGAAAAUGGUAUCAGAAGUUGUUGGAAAAAGACUUGGACGCUGUCAACGGAGCCAACGGGAAGAAGGAGUCCAAGACAAGAUUGCUCAACAUUGUCAUGCAGUUGAGAAAGUGCUGCAAUCAUCCUUAUCUUUUCGAAGGCGCAGAGCCAGGCCCGCCAUUCACGACAGAUGAGCAUCUCGUGUACAAUUCAAAAAAAAUGAUUAUCUUGGACAAGAUCUUGAAGAAGUUUCAAAGAGAGGGAUCGAGAGUGUUGAUUUUCUCUCAAAUGUCGAGAAUGCUUGAUAUUCUUGAGGACUAUUGCAUGUUCAGAUCUUUUGAGUAUUGCAGAAUCGAUGGACAAACUGAUCAUGCGGACAGAGUGCAAGCAAUUGAUGACUAUAAUGCACCAGAAUCGUCCAAAUUUGUUUUUCUUUUGACUACCAGAGCUGGUGGUUUGGGUAUCAACUUGACCUCGGCUGAUAUCGUUGUCCUCUUUGACAGUGACUGGAAUCCACAAGCUGAUCUUCAGGCAAUGGAUAGGGCCCAUAGAAUUGGACAGACCAAGCAGGUGAAAGUCUUCAGAUUUAUCACCGAAAAUGCCAUCGAGGAAAAGGUUUUGGAGAGAGCCACUCAAAAAUUAAGAUUAGAUCAACUUGUGAUUCAACAAGGAAGAAACAGUGGUGGCAUAAAUUCCGGUGGUCAGCAAAACAGUAAAGUUGCAUCGAAGGAUGACUUGUUGGAUAUGAUUCAAUUUGGUGCAGCACAAAUCUUUAAUUCACAGAAUGAUUCUGAAGAGGGGGACGUUGACAUCGAGGCGUUACUUGCGGAAUCCGACAAAAAGACCAAAGAACUUAACAAGAAGUACGAAAAGUUGGACUUGAAUGCUCUUCAAAAUUUUACAAAUGAUGAGUCUGUGUACGAGUGGAAUGGAGAGAACUUCAAGAAAAAAGAACCUACUGCCAUCACGGCUAUCGGUCACGGCUGGAUUAACCCAGCAAAGAGAGAGAGAAAAGAAAAUUAUUCAAUUGAUCUGUACUACAAGGACGUUUUAAGCGCAGGAUCCAAACCAGCUCAAAAGAGUGGUCCUAGACCACCAAAACAGCUAGUGAUUUAUGAUCAUCAGUUCCUCCCCCUCAAACUUUUAGAGCUCCACGACAUGGAAAAGAAUUUUUACCGCAAACAAAUUGGUUAUGUCGUCCCCUUGAAGAGCGGGACUCCAAAAGAUUUAGCUGAGCGAGAAGAAGAACAAAAGUUGGAGCAAGAGGAAAUACUCAAUUCUCGAGCAUUGACUGAUGAGGAGAAGCAGAUGAAGGAAGAACUUUUGACUCAAGGUUUUGGUCAUUGGAACAGACGGGAUUUUACUCAUUUUAUUCUGACUUCAUCGAAAUAUGGUAGAAACGCAAUUGCACUUAUCGCUGCUGAAUUCGAGGAAAAAACAAUUGAAGAAGUCCGAGAGUAUGCUCAAGCUUUUUGGACAAGAUAUGAGGAAAUCGAUGGUUUUGAAAGAUAUAUCAGUCAGAUAGAGAGUGGCGAGGACAAAAUUGCCAAAGUCAAGCUUCAGAAAGAAAGCCUUCGCCGGAAACUUGCUACUUACAGGUAUCCUUUACAAGAGCUUGUUCUCAAAUAUUCUCCGGCUGCCACAACCAAGAAGACAUUCACAGAGGAAGAAGAUCGAUUUUUAAUCGUACAGAUGUAUCGCUUCGGAUUGGAUCGCCCAGAUUUAUUCGAGAGAAUUCGCGAUGCUAUCAGACUGAGUCCACUUCUUAGAUUUGAUUUCUUCCUACAGUCGAGAACUACAUCAGAAUUAUCCAGAAGGUGUACAACAUUGCUUGCGUGUAUUACUAAGGAAAUCAAUCCUGAUCAGACCAUAUCUGCAAAGAAGGAAGGACAGACAAAGAGAAAGCUGGAGACAAGUACUGCCAAGAGCGCUCCGAAAAAGCGGAGCAGGGCAAGAUAGUUUCAUUUCCAUGUUAAGACAUAAAGUUGGCAAAUAGCAUAUGAAUACA